AUCCAUCAUAACACCGAAAAAUCAUAUCAUCGUUGGAAGCAAACAUCACGCCCUGUCUAUCACCUUGUUCGCGUUAAAACUGCUUGCUGGUAACUCAACUCUUGACGUAUCACUAGCAGCAGAACAGAUCCUUCCUUGACGACCGUCGGUGUAAACAUGGUGCAAGUCGCUGUUCAGGAUUCGAAGACGUCGUCGUCUUCGUCUCCUCUACCCAACCCAAAUGUAGCUGCAACUGUAAAUGCCGGAGGCGAUUUAUUUUCGCCGACCUCAGCUGCGGCUUGGGCACUUUCAACACUGCAUAACUUCGGUGCGGCUGUCCCAAACGAGAAUGGAGGACCGCGUCCAACCGCGGACUCAUUAACAGGCACUCGUCUCUUCAACAACUCUGGCGUAACCAAUGCUGAUUCGGCUAGACCUCAUAUUACCACUUCAGCAUCAAACCAUAAGAAUACUUCUGCCACCGGAGGAACGACAUCCAAUACUCAAUCAACAAGUGGCGUAACUUGGGGUCGACCUCAAUUCCAACAUUCCAACCAUGUAAGUACGACACAGCCACCAUCACCGACUGAAGAUGAUGUCUUCGUUUUGUCAUCUCCACAACCAUCUUCUGAAGACCCAUCAUCUUACCAAACAGUCUCCUGAUUAUUGCGACUUUUCUUGGUCUCUUCUUGGUGAUGUUUGGUAAAGUCAACAUUUGUCGAUCCAUCCCCUCUUCUUAUGCGCACUAGUGAAAUCCAAGUCGGAUCUGUCAAUCGAGAGAAACCGCUUGCUCGAAUGAUGAACUCUACUAGCAUGGUCACCCCUACCCCCAAGAAGCUGAAGGUCAGUGACACAGGUUCUGCCACGUAUUCAAGAAAAAAGAAGAGUCUCGGUGUAUUAGCAGAGAAUUUCAUCAAUCAUUACGCGAAGUAUCCACCAGGAGCUGUCGUCAUCGUGGAUCACGCGGCAGUUGAUCUUGGAGUAGAACGUCGAAGAAUUUACGAUGUGGUCAACAUUCUUGAAUCUGUCAAUUUAGUAGAAAAGAAACAGAAAAAUACCUAUUCGUGGAUGGGGAUGGACCACUUUGAUGACUUUUUCGGUAAACUCCAGGCCAAAGCAGUUAUGGAGUACCCUGAGGAUGCGAAGCGCUACCUUGAUAAUACGAUUCCCCUUGAUGAUUUAUCAAAGACCCGCAAGACGAAAGAGAACAAAUCCCUCGCGAAGUUGAGCGAGGAAUUCUUGCAAGUUUUCCUCGUUGGGUUCGAGACACUGUCACUCCCUGAGGCUUCAGACAAGAUCCAAGGCACAACCUCUAUGGAAGAACUUAUCGCCAUGGGUGGCGGUGCACGCGGAAAAUCCACAGUAGUGGGUGCUAUUCCAGAUGCGCGAGAGCUCAAGGCAGCAGCGGCGCGUGGACUGAAGACAAAAAUUCGCCGUCUCUAUGAUAUCGCAAAUGUAUUUCUCAGUGUCGGUCUUCUGAAAAAAGUUGAAAAUAUUGAUACAUCUCGACGACCGAACUUCUCUUGGAAUUACAAGCUAAGCGCAAAGGACUUGUACGAUCGGCACAAGAGGAAGACGAGGUCAUUGACCGAAUCGCAUGAUCCAACUCCUGACAGCCUUUCCUCUUCCUCUCAAAAUCUGACGAAAGAGUUUUCCAUCUGAUACACUUCGUGUCAUAUGUCUCUACAAGUUUUGAAGUUCGCUAUAGGAAACUUCACUCAAGCGUCUCCAAUAAUAUUGGAAUGCACUAGUCGUAAAAACCUUUUUGUUGUACUUCCUCGGGCACACUAAGUGUCAUAACAACCUUCGUUACUGUUUUGGAUUUAGAACAAUUAAUACCGGAGACACAUUUUACAACUGCCACUAUUACCCUACUGAUUGCCAGCGCGACCAAGAUUGUUUGGUUACCUAAGAUAAGGCGGGAUCUUUAUUCACCCCAUUCGAUGGCCUAACAUCAACCGGCUUGUCAUUGAGAUCCGGUAGCAUUCUUUACUGAUGAUGCAGCAGCUUAAGAUUAUUGUCGUUUCCAAUUGUGACUGAUGCUCCCACUACUGUUUGAAGCAACUCGAAAAAAAAUAUUGUAAAAGUGCAACUUAUUUUUUGUUGGAAGGCGCCACUCCCUGACGGGACCACAAUUAAUGGAAGUAUAGAAGCGGAUAUGCAACAAACCAAGGAAUGGAGGCGCUUGUGGAUGUCUCAUUGAAUUAUGGAUCAUGGUAACGGAGGUAAUAGACACAGACCCCAAGCCAAUGUCGAGACGCAAGCUCCAACUUAUAGCUUCCUGGUACUAGAGUGGAGGGAGUGAAGGUUCCAAUCAAUGGGUCCCCUAUCAGUGGGGGCUGAUGCACACCAGGGAAAAAAAGAUGCCCCUGUCGGCUAGAGGCACUAGAGGUCAAUCUCCUUUUCUUCGAAAUCUAGGGCGAGUGAAAAACUCCAUGGUUUGGACUAUUCGUCAGUGAGAGAUCGUCCGUCAGAGUCACUAAUAAAGACAAGAGUUUCCAUGUUAGUGCAGCGAGUAAAAGUGGAGCUGUGAAUGAAAUCUAGGGCGAGUGAAAAAAUCCAUGGUUUGGGCUGUCGUCAAUGAGAGAUCAUCCGUCAGUGUCAGUGAUAACGACAAGAGUUCCAUGUUAGUGCAGAAAGUAAAAGUGGAAAUGUCAAUUAAGUCUUCUCCACCGUACAAGCAACAACGAAAACAAUGUCAAUUACACAUUCGUAAAAUUGAUCAGUGAUUAAGCAAAUCAUGUCUUCUGCACCCGCUUAAGCUCGAUCUUGAUACAUUAUGAGAGAAGUAUGUCACGGGAAAUAAACUUAUGGAAGCGAA